GGUGCCUGCUUGGCUGGCGUUUGGCGGCGGCCGCGAUUGUUUCCCUUGCUAAUGUACCGCCUAGAUGCUUCAAUGGCAGCGUUAGGUGCGGACGAACAAAGUGCCACGAAAAGAGGCCUUUGACUGAGAACCGGGACUAGCUAAUUUACCGGACUAUGUUCAAAAAGAUGGCUGAAUUUGGUCCAGAUUCCGGGGGGCGAGUUAAGGGUGUGACUAUUGUUAAGCCUAUAGUGUUUGGGAAUGUUGCCCGCUACUUCGGGAAGAAGAGAGAGGAGGACGGACACACGCAUCAGUGGUCCGUCUACGUGAAACCAUACAGAAAUGAGGAUAUGUCUGCCUAUGUGAAGAAGAUCCAAUUUAAGCUGCACGAGAGCUAUGGGAACCCACUAAGAGUGGUGACCAAGCCUCCUUAUGAAAUUACAGAGACUGGCUGGGGAGAGUUUGAGAUCAUCAUCAAGAUCUUUUUCAUUGACCCCAACGAGAGACCUGUAACUCUGUACCACCUGUUGAAGCUGUUUCAAUCAGACUCAAGUGCAAUGCCUAAGAAGACCGUGGUCUCUGAGUUCUAUGAUGAAAUGAUCUUCCAGGAUCCUACAGCCAUGAUGCAACAGCUACUGACCACCUCAAGACAACUUACCCUGGGGGCUUACAAGCAUGAGACAGAAUUCAGUGAGCUGGAGCAGAAAACGAGGGAGAAGCUGGAAGCAGCAAAGAAGAGGACCAGCCAGGAGAUCACAGAGCUGAAAGACAAACUGAAGGCUAGCAGAGAGAAUAUCAACCACCUGAAGACAGAGAUCAGGAAACUGGAAGAGGAGGGAGACCACAAGGAACACUGAGACACACACUGUUCCACUGAUACUGAUGAUAGUCACAGGAGAUGUGUGUUUAGGUCUUACAUAACAGUGGCAGUGUGAGUUUAGAUCUAAUGAAACUGCAAUUGGCUAUCCAACCACCUGCCACCAUGAGUCACUUGGCACACACAUGCUUAUUUAAUUCAGAGGUGGUCGUCUGGGAUUUUAUUUUUGACUCUUUAUGUACAGUUCAUUUUCCCGAGGACUGUUGGCUGCUUUCUUUUUUUGUGAUCACAUCUCAAAACACGUCUGUGUGCAAACACAAGAUCACAGAGCUCAAAAACGACCCUGAGACCAACAUCAGAAUGAAGAAGGAAGGAAGGAAGAGAAGGAAGGAACUGUAAGAAGUCAGAUAUACACACGAGCACAGUCUGUGUUCAUCUUAGGCUUGCCUUUAGUGUAAGAUGAAAAAAAUGUGUUGUGUAAAAAUGGAAAGGUCUGUUGGGAUCCUCAGAGAGGGUCAAUACUACAUGCUUUGAUUAACUUUUUUAUAUUCAAAUCUUGUCAUUUCUGUCAAACUUCCUGAUAUUAUUUUCAUUUUCCUAUGUUCUGCAUCAGCGUGUUUUCAGAAAAAUUAGAUAAUCUAUGAUGCUUUUUUUCCCCACUGCCUAUUUUAGGAUGAUAACCUAUGAUGCUUUUUUCCCCCAAUACCUAUUUUAGGAUUUGUUUAUGUUGUUGGAUCUAACCCAUCCACAGAGGGCCCGUUUUCAUUUCUUUGCCAGAUGUAGCCCAAACCCCAUUAUACAUCAAAUAGAUAUCUUAAUUGAAGAUGUCGUUCCUACUAUGCCGUUCAAAAACAGCUCUCAGUGGGUCCUCCCUGAAUGAUACUUCAUUAUAUAUGUCUCAACAGUUCCAAAUGUGAAUAGCUCUUUUCUAGUGAUGUUUUGUCUUUUUUUUUUACAUAUAAAAU